AUGACAGAUGGCGGUGGAUUUAAAGCCGCUUUGAAACUUAAUCGAUAUUUUUUAUAAACCAGAUAUGCUUCAACCAAACCCAAUAUUAUGACAUGUUCUAAUCAGCAUUUUAAAUGUAACAUUAUCUCGAUCCAAAUUUGAGGCUAAUAGCACUGUAAGCUUGGAUUAUAGUAAUCAUUGUUUUGAAAUCGACAAAAAUACUAUCUUUCAUUUUGAUAAUAACAAAGAAUACUGUUCAUCAUUGGUUAUUAUAUUUCCAACCAAGUAUUAUGCUUGCUGCACUUGUGAAUUACACAAUGAAACUAUAUCACAAUGGAUAGUUUUACGUCAGAGACUGAAGCAGAUUUAGUAGCAUCAAGCGGAUCAGCUUCGGAAGAGGAUGUUAAACAAGCAUCAAGUUAUAAAAGUACUUCCACAUUAAAAGGUUGGUUUCAAGGUCAUUCGUUUGUGAAAAAGAAUCUACAUAAACCUGCUACAUGUCAUCAUUGCUCAGAUCUUUUGUGGGGAAUAUUAGGAACAACUGGAAUGGUUUGUGAAGUUUGUAAUUUUCUAGCCCAUGAAAAGUGUAUGCGUGCAGUUGUGACAGCUUGUACUUGUAUUGCACCAUUUUUAACCAAGGAUCCUGUGCCUCAUUGUUGGUCAGAAAUUGGUCAUUUUAAAAGGAAAUUUUGUAAUGUUUGCCGUAAACGUGUUGAUGAUUUAUUGGCAUUAAAAUGUGAAAUUUGUGAAUAUUAUUCACAUUAUGAAUGUUUGGAUUUUGUAGCAGCAGAUUGUAAACAAUGUGCCACUUCUACAUUGACUUCAAUGGCCAAGUCUCCAACAUGCAUACCUGAUACAGUUGAAACAAGAAACUCCUAUAUGAUGUCACGUUUACUGAAGAAUUUUUCAAAAUCGUAUUCAUCAAAUGACCCUAAUGAUUCACUGCUUAUUGAUUUGACUGAUAAUGAAUUAACUAAUAAAUGUAUCAAUAAUAUUAACACUACUACUACUAAUACUACUGCUACUUCAGCUGUCAGUAAUACAAUUCCCAGUACUAUGUUUACUACUAGUAGUACUAAUACAUCAGUAGCAUUGAUUUCUUAUUCUUCAACAAAUACACCUAAAACAUCAACACAAUGCACUGCAGAAAUCGGUGAACUAGCAUUAUUAGAAGCUGUGAAAACAUUAUCAUCAUUAUCAUUGUCAGCAUCUCCGCAAACAACUUUAGGAACUAGUGAAGAACAAGUAUUGUGUACAACAAAAUCAACAACAGAUACUUCCAUACCUCCUGUCAAAUCUUCAUUGAUAUCUUCACAUGUACAACAAUCACAUCAUUGGCGUGAAGGCAAUUUACCAGUAAAUUCAAAAUGUGCAUCAUGUCGUAAAACAUGUUGGUCUGCUGAAUGUUUAACUGGUUUACGAUGUGAAUGGUGUGGUGUUACAGCGCAUUAUUCAUGCUAUAGAAAUAUACCGCUAGAAUGUGAUUUCGGUGUACUGAGAAAUAUCAUGCUUCCACCAUAUUGUGUAUCAGUGCCUCGUACAAGUUUAUUGGUUGAACAAAUUAUUGGUAUGUGUAGACCUCAACCAGAAACACUAAUGGGAGUUCAAGCUCUCACAGAUGAAUUCUCAAGCAAUGGUGAUAGUCCAGAAGAAUCAGGAAUUGAAAGGAAAUCUACCAAGGAUAAAACAGAUAGAGACUUCGAUGAUUAUGUACGAGUCUAUGAUGGCUGGGGUCGCUUUCGUAAGAAACAGUGCCGAUACCUCAGUCUUGGUCGUAGUGUAUCUGUGCUCAAAGUGAUUGAACUUUCCUUGAAAGCUUUUCAGUUACCUCCGGAUGAAGCAAGAGAUUACUAUCUCGUAGAGGUGAAUGAAAAAGAUGGAAGUGAGCACAGAUUGCAUAGCUCUGGAUGUUUCAAAUCUCAACUACAGUUUGAAACUCGAAGACCACAGAUUAUAAUACGUUCUCGUGAUCGUAAUCAAGAUCGUGAAUAUAUUCAAACAUUUCCUGGAACAUUAGAUCAAUUCACAGAUGUUGAGUUGUUACCAAUACAAAUCUCAGUGACACGUGAUACCACAGUUCAUGAUGUUAUUUUACAAGCACAGAAACGAUUUGGACUCGAGCAUUUAGAUUCUGGUAGAUUUCAACUAGUUGAAACAAAUCUUGAUCGUGGACUUGUUGAACGUGUAAUGUCAUCAGGUGAACGAUUGUGGACAAUAUUAGAACGUGUUAAACGUGAAUCUGUUCGUGCAUUACGUUUAACACGUUUUUAUUUACAACCAAUUGAAGAAUCUAAAGGUCCUGUUGUUACAUUAUUUGUUGGAAAUUUAAAAAAAGGUUUAAGUCAACGUUUAUACGAACGUAUUCUACUUGAACGACUUGGUAUAGAGAAUAAAUGGGAUUUUAUUGAAGUGAUAUAUUAUGAUUUUGGCAGUUUAGUAUUAGUUUAUUUAAAUGCAGAACGUGCUGAUGAAGCAUAUCAUUUAUUAAAACAAAGUACAUUUGAAGAUCGUCCAAUUUUAGUUAUGAUAUUGCCUAGACUUAAACCAAGUAAAUUACCAGAUGAUAUUAAACCUUUAUUAGUAUUAGUCAAUGUUAAAUCAGGUGGAUGUCAAGGUGCCGAUUUAAUCACGUCAUUUCGGAAACUGUUAAAUCCUCACCAAGUUUUUAAUUUGGACUAUGGUGGUCCCCUACCAGGUUUACAUUGUUUUCGUCAUCUAAAACAAUUUAAAAUACUUGUAUGUGGUGGUGAUGGUACAGUUGGAUGGGCACUUUCAUGUUUAGAUAACGUUGGUCAAGAUGCUGCAUGUCCUACACCACCAAUGGCAAUUCUACCACUGGGUACUGGUAAUGACUUGGCACGAGUUUUACGCUGGGGUUCCGGUUAUACUGGUGGUGAAGAACCUUUAACAAUACUGAAAGAUGUUGUUGAAGCAGAAAAUAUUCGCUUAGAUCGUUGGACUGUUGUAAUUAAACCAGAUCAAGCUGAAAAAGAUGCACAAAAGAAACAAUUACAAAUUGAAGCUAAUUCAUCAAAUACAAAUGAAGAUUCUAGUCGUAUAUUUGUCAUGAAUAAUUAUUUCGGUUUAGGUAUAGAUGCUGAUUUAAAUUUAGAUUUUCAUAUGGCAAGGGAAGAGAAUCCAGCAAAAUUUAAUAGCAGAAUUCAUAAUAAAAGUGUUUACUUAAAAAUGGGUUUACGUAAAAUGGUUAAUCGUACUAAAUGUAAAGAUUUACAUCAAAAUAUUAUCGUUGAAGUAGAUGGUCGUCAAUUGGAUUUACCACCAUUAGAAGGUGUAAUUAUUUUAAAUAUUUUAUCAUGGGGUGCUGGUGCAAAUCCAUGGGGUGUUGAAAAAGAUGAUGCAUUUACAACUCCAACACAUUUUGAUGGUCAACUUGAAAUUGUUGGUGUUACUGGUGUAGUACAUAUGGGACAAAUAUUUUCUGGUUUACGGACAGGUAUCCGGUUAGCACAAGGUGGUCAUAUAAGAAUUACAGUGAAAUGUGAUAUCCCAGUACAAGUUGAUGGUGAACCAUGGAUUCAACCACCUGGUCAAAUUAUAGUUUUACGUUCAGCCUUAAAAGCAACUAUGUUGAAAAAACGCAAACGACGUAAAGUGAAUCGUCGUCAUACUGAACCUGGUUUAGGUGGAUCUGGCAGUUCGAAUACAACUAGCUCAAAUGUUAUACACGGUUGUACAGAAGAUCCAUUAAGUAGUGCUGUAUUUGGUGCCAGUGGACCUCCUCCACCUGAAAGUGUAAAUUAUCUCGAUUGUGGAAAUACUAAUACUAUUAAACAACUUGAAUUAGAUAUUGCAAAAGUUGAAUUAGAAGAGGGAAAUUUAAAUGAUGCUUUCUGUUCAAAUGAUACAAUCAAAACAGAUGAUUCAUAUCCUAGACUGUAUAGACCAGGACGACCAGUAUAUGCUAAAAGAAGAGGACGUCGUCUACCAAAACCUAUAUUAGUUGCAGUACCAUCAGCUCCAUCAGAAACUUGUAGAUCACCGAGAGAGAUACUUGAUAAUGAUGAGUUCGAUGAAACAUCGGCCUUAUGUCUUUCUAAAUCAACACGAUUCAAACAACAUGUACCAACUAAUAUGCAUUCAACAUCAGAUCAACAAUCUCCUAUCAUACAAAGCCUCAAAAACUCUACACCUUCAGCUUCAAUGAGUCAAUUAGGUUCAACAACUAGUAAAAAGGAGAUAGAUUGAUGAUUAUAUCAAAACUAGUUACAGUCUUUUUGUUGCUUUUGGCAUUUAUGUAGUUGAUUUCCACUUCAAAUACAACCACAUUCCAUCCGUACUAGUACAUAAUGAUGGGAUAAUUUGUACUUGAGCAAUAAUUUAUCUUAAUGAAUGGAUAAAUGAACAUAUCCAUAUUUGAUGGACAAAAUAAUUGUAUAAGCGUAUUUUUAUACACAUGUAAUACACUUGGAUGAUAUAUAUAUGGUAUUAUCAAUUGACUUCCGAAUACCUUUUCAUGGUUAUAUGCUGAUAUGCAAUAUGUAUUUGUGAAAUAUCUAUAUUAUAAGUGCUGAACACAGAAAUAGCACUGUUUGUAAUCUCUCUGUGUGAAUGUGUAUGUGUUUGUAAACUGUGUGUAAACUUAAAAAUAAGUUUGAUAGUGUUAUAUAAACGUUUAUAUUCAAUUAAUUUAUCCUUCUUUUGUGCAAACGAUUUGUGUAAUCAGUUGGUAAUUGUUUUUCUAUUAUUAUUAUUGUUAUUAUUAUUAUUAUUAUUAUUACUGAUAUUGCUGAUAUUGUGACUGUUUAUUUUCCUAUAAAUAUUAUUGCCUAGUCUUUGUAUACAUAUAAUAGAUGUAUAGAGUGAAUUAAUUCUUUAUAUACAGUAGUAUUCUCUAUAAAACGUCAAUUGUUAGUUCUUCCUCCAUCAGCUUCUUCUUCUUCUUCUACAUGUUCUUGCUUUCUAUUAGUGAUCAUCUAUUUUCAUGAGCAUUGAAACUAUUAGUCAAGUCAAUGUAUACAUCUUCAUUAUGUAGUAUUGUGUUUACAAUACACAUACACACACACACACACAAAAGUAUACAAUAUUACUUCUGUUUUUUUCUUCUAGUUCAUAAAAGGAUUAUGUGCAAUAUUAUUAUGAUUGUGUCGAUCUCUUAUUGAUUUCACAUUAUUCAACUUCUUAUAAUAUAAAUAAUGAUUUACUUUAUUCAAUUCAUUUUUUUAUUGCUCUUAUUCAAUGAAUGAGUGUGUUCUAUUCUCUAUAUUCAUCACUUACUGAAUUAAAGAAAUUAAUAGAAGAAACAUUAGACAAUACGUAUUUACAUAUUUUAUAUCUAAUAUUUAGUAAAGUUAGUGAAAUCAUUCCUUACUUGUUACUAUGUAGACAUAAGUGUAAGUGAUCGUUUAUUUUUUAAAAUAAACAAACAGAAAAGAGAAACCAUGACAAUACAUGACAAUCUAUCAUAAAUUGAUAAUUAUAUUUUAUCAUUCAAUUUAUUAGAUAAUCAAUUUUACAUCUUAUUUCUUGUCAUACACCCUUAGUGAACUCAUUAAAUUACUUUAAUUCCAAAGUAAAAAAAGGGUGAAAACAAACAAACAAACAAUGUGACAAUAAAAAUCCACAUAGAGUAUUUUUUUUUGAAAGAAAAGAAAAAAAGAAAGAAAAUGCACAUUUAUUUUUAACAAUUUAUCUUAUUGCUCAUUUCACUGUGAUUGUUCUCUUUUCAUUAUUCUCUCUCUUUUCUUUCUUUCUAUCUCUCCUUUUCACUAAACGAAAUUAGUUUAUUUCAAUAAUUUUUUUGUUUACAAUUUGUUCAUUGAUUCUUUUCAACUUUUUUUGUAUAAUAGUAGUACAUGAUCGGAUAUGUUAUCAUAGACUUAAAAAACAAUAGCUGUUCAUUGUAUUCCUCU